AUUUUUUCAGUUGUCGAAGAGAUUCAAAAAGCGAAUAAGUUACAGGAACGCAUGAUAGAGCACUUCAGUUCGGAAUUUUUCCAAUUGAAAUCAACCACAAAUGAAAUAUACAGAGUCUUGAAGAAUCUAGAGGCUCGCUCUGCGACUGCUGAUAGUGACAAAAACGACACUGUCUCCCAGAACAUUAUGUUAUCUGAAAGGUUUUUAUUUCCGUUGAACUCGCUUGUGAUGGUAUUGCAAUUCAACGAAGAAAUAACACAAAAUGCAGAGUACAAAAAAUACCUGAUCAAAACAUACACGGAUAUUGGUGGAAGUGAUGGAAGUGAAGAUGGCAAAAUUGUAGCAAGGAAAAUUCUGUCGAAAAUUUUCACGAAAUACGUAUUGACACUGUUUUCCUGGACUGGUAUUUCAAGAACAAAGGGCUUGGACAAAAAAGAGUCGUUCCAGUCAUGCCAGGGCAUUUUAUCAUUCUUCAAUGAAUUACUCAUCAAAGCAGAUUCACGUUGGAAUCAAAAUAAAACUGAAAAGUUUUUCAAAUGUUAUAUUUUAAAGCACGCCAGGCAAAUAAAUGAGGCGCACCAAAAAACGAAAAAGAAAGCUGAACAGAAAACAGAAACAGCUGAGGAGAGCAACGUAUAUUUUCCAGACUUUAUAGAAAAUGAAUUUUCACCUGAAACAAAUAAAAAUUUUGGUAUUGAAAAAGAAGACACUAUUGAAUGAAAAACGUAAUGUAGAGUUGAAUGACUGAUAUUGGGUUUCUACUUCUUCCAGUUCCCAUGUUUGGAUAUCACCUAAUGCAUUCUAAAUUAUAUCACUGCUCCAGUUCUACAUACGAAUUCUCAGGUGAAGUGGAUGAAAUUGAAAAUAAACUUGAAAAAUCAUAUUUAAAUGCAUGAGCUUUAUCUCUUGCUAAUCUAGUAUGUAAAAAGCCUAGAUUUCAAGGUGAUCCUAAUAAAUAUUCAUGAAAAAGGC